UUUUUUUUUUUUUUUUUAUCGUCUAAAAACUUUGGUUGGAGUUUUUUUUUUCCCCCCUCUUCCGUGGGUUUGAGCCAUCAUGGAGCUGUCGGAUAUUUCCUUCCCCAUCCCGGCCGCCGACGACUUCUACGACGACCCGUGCUUCAACACCUCCGACAUGCACUUCUUCGAGGACCUGGACCCGCGCUUGGUCCAGCACGCGGGCCUCCUCAAGCCGGACGACUCCUCCUCCUCCUCUCCCUCUUCCUCCCCUUCCUCCACCUCCUCCCCGUCCCCGGCCUCUCUCCUCCACCUCCACCACCACCACCAUCACAACCACCAUCACCACAACCACCACAACCACCACAACCACCGCAACCACCACGGUCCAGAAGACGACGACGACGAUGACGAGCACGAGCACGUGCGCGCGCCCAGCGGCCACCACCAGGCCGGCCGCUGCCUGCUCUGGGCCUGCAAGGCCUGCAAGCGCAAGACCACCAACGCGGACCGGCGCAAGGCGGCCACGCUGCGCGAGCGCAGGCGGCUGUCGAAGGUCAACGACGCCUUCGAGACCCUGAAGAGGUGCACCACGGCCAACCCCAACCAGCGGCUGCCCAAGGUGGAGAUCCUGCGCAACGCCAUCAGCUACAUCGAGUCCCUGCAGGCGCUUUUGCGCGGCGGCGGUGGAGGUGGAGGCGGUCAGGAGGACGCUUUCUACCCGGUCCUGGAGCACUACAGCGGGGACUCGGACGCCUCCAGCCCCCGGUCCAACUACUCGGACGGCAUGACGGAUUUUAACGGUCCCAGCUGUCAGUCCAACAGAAAAGGAGGUUAUGAAAGCAGCUCUUAUUUCUCCGAGAGUCACAAGGGU